CAUAAUUUUAGCCUCUGAUCUCCUCUUACCUCUGCAUAUGGCGAGAAUGCUUCACACCCUCACAGUCACUCCUCCGGUGACCAGAACAGCUCAUUUCCGAUCGAGAAACUGUGAAUUUACAUCACCACAUCUCGUUUCGUGCAAUCGCAUUUUUGGUGGCAUUAUCACCAAUUCGUUGCUUCCACGUAAACUCCAUUCAGUUAAUGGAAGAAAAAUAAUCAGAAACAGCGCAAUUUCCGAUCAGGGAAAUGGUGGUCUGGAUCGUGAUCCUCAAGCGGCAACUGUAGCGAAUUUUUUGGUAUCCACAAAAGCUUUGUUGAAUUUUGCCGCCAACAAUGCUCUAUCAGUAGCUCUUAUUGGAGCAAUAGUAUUAGGCAUGGCAAAUCCUACUCCCGGUUGUAUCGCUCAUAGAUACAAUGUAUCAACAUUUAGCGUUUUUGGAAUGUUCAUCAUAUCAGGAUUAACGUUGGGUAAUGAAGAAAUCGGUGAAGCUGCUGAAGCAUGGCCAAUCGCACUCUUUGGGCUAGCUUCUAUUUUAUUGCUCACUCCCCUCCUGUCCAGAAUUAUGGUGCAACUUCCCUUACAACCUCAAGAAUUUGCAACAGGACUAGCUCUAUAUAACUGUAUGCCUACAGCAAUAUCGAGUGGAGUUGCUCUAACCAGGAUUGCUGGAGGAAAUGCGGCCUUGGCUCUUAUGAUGACUGUAACAUCUAGUCUGCUGGGAGUUCUGAUUGUUCCCUUUUCUAUAUCAAAACUAGUUGGUGGUGGAGUGGGUGCAUCUGUUCCAGCUGGUUCGCUGUUUCGAAGCCUUCUUGUCACACUUUUGAUACCUCUGAUUUUGGGAAAGGUUGUCCGUGAAUCCGUUAAAGGCAUGGCAGAUGCUAUUGAUAGUAAGCGCAAGCUCUUAUCUAUACUGGGUGCAUUUUUGCUAAGUCUGAUCCCUUGGACACAAGUGAGCACAUCAAGGCCACUUCUUCUAAGUGUUAAGCCCACACUUGUUCUUGUAGCUGUUGUAAUGGGAGCGCUUCUCCACUUCGUACUGUUGGGUUUCAAUGCGCUCAACAUACAAAUCCUAUGUUCCUUGUCUGGUGGCAGCAAAUCAAUUUUUUCUAAGCAGGAAAAUUAUCGCACCCUCUUGAUGGUCGCAAGUCAGAAAUCUAUUACAGUGUUGGUUGCAGUUGUGAAUCAGCUCGGUGCUACCUUUGGUGCAUCCGGCUUACUCGUCCUUCCCUGUAUUGCGGCACAUUUAAGCCAGGUUGUCAUCGACUCCUUUUUGGUAGGUUAUUGGAACAAGAAGAAGGUAACAGCAAUCCAAGAAACGGUUAAACCGCAAAAACUGAUAGAACCAAAUCAAGAUGGACCAUUUUUACCGAUUCAACGGACGUUUUCAGUUUGAAAAAUAGUCAAAUCACACAGUUUG